AUGGCGCUAAAAGAAGAGUCCACCGCUGCCCAGGAAUCGAGUGCUAAAGUGCUGCUCGGCCUGGAAAAAGCGCUGUGGAAGGAUCCGGAGGCCGACCUAAUCGGGAUUUUAUCCUCUUCAUAUCCCCAGCAGCUCAAGUCGUUCAAGGAAGCAGACUCCCGACCCAGUACAACUCCGCUCCCGCUCCCUCACUAUGACAUCCGCUCCAAGCUUCGUACCACCGAUACAGCAACCAUCGUGCGCCAGUUAUCUCCCGAGCUCCAGGAUCUUCUCGGACACGACGAUGAACAACUCUCCGAGGCAGUCAUCAAACUAUUAGACAAAAGCGAAGUACUCUACAAAAGCGUAUGGGCGGCUUCUUGCAUGGUCUUCCGUGUCAGCGAUGGAAUCGUCGCCAAAGUCACCGUCGAGGAGCACCUCACAGCCGAGUACCGGACCCUCCCCUACCUGCAGGAACACUUGCCGCACUUUCCAGCGCCACGCUUGCAUGGCGUGAUCCGCAUCCGACAGUACGGUCUGCUGUUCACCUCUUUCGUCUCGGGCCUCGACUUGGAGAAAGCGUGGCCCCAACUCGAUGACGUCCAGAAACGGUCCGUCAGCGCCCAGCUGGAUAAGCUCCUCGUCGAGCUGAGGUCCCUUCCCUUUCCACCAAACACGCCGCUUGGGGGGCUAGAGGGGCUAGGGUGCAAAGAUGCAAGACGGGGUAUACGCAUCAGUUCCAAGCCGAUCUUGGAUGUCAGUCAGUUCGACGAUUUCAUCUUUGCUGGCUCCAAAUGGGCCUCGCCCAUGUACACUCAGUUCCUGCGAUCUUUGGUGCCCACAUCCCCGACGAAAGUUGUUUUCACCCAUGGAGACAUCCGGCCGGCCAAUAUCAUGGUGCGCCAGGAUGAGGAAGGCUCUUGGACCGUUGUUGCAAUUAUUGAUUGGGAGUCGAGUGGCUUUUAUCCCGAGCAUUGGGAAUGCGUCAAGAUGACCAACAACCUAACCCCUAGGGAUGAGGAUGACUGGUAUUUGUGGCUGCCGGAGUCUUUUUCGCCACGGCGGUUCCCAGUUCGGUGGCUGAUAGACAGUAUUUGGGAUCGUAAUAUGGAAAAUAGCUAUAUGGGGAUCUUUUUUAUUGCAUGUGUGGAAUCCUUCAGGACAUCGAAUAUCAUUUCUUAG